GAAUAGGGUGACCUUGUGGGGUGUAAAGAUGGCGUCUAAGGAAGUGUUUUUGGAGCUACUGUGCAGUAUUAUAAACAUUGAUGAAGAGCAAAGACGGAGGAGAAGAAGUCACAUUGCAAAAACUCUAUUUCUCUUGAAGCGACGAAAAGCUGCUUUAACAAAAUUGUUAAUUUUAGCUGGCGGUGGAAAUGUAAAUAUUACCGCUUGUCUCACAUGGAUGUCCACCUGGCCUCUCAUCCCUCGCUGGUGGGUGAGACCCCGCGAGCGUUCCAACUGGUGGAGCACAGAAGUCCUCCAAAAUUGGGAUAAUGAAAUGUGGAUAUCCAAUUUCCGCAUGCCCAAAGAAACUCUUUUUGUCUUAGCUGGAAUCCUGAAACCGGAGAUUCAGCGUGGAGAGUCAAACUUCAGGAGUCCCAUAUCAGUCAAACAGAGAGUUGCCAUGACUAUCUGGUGGCUUUCUAGCCCGUUAAUGUAUAGGAAGGUGGCUUCCCGCUUUGAGAUCGGUCGCUCCACAGCUGCAGAAAUCGCGAUAGAGGUGUGCCUUGCGAUGGAGAAGCUUCUAUUGCGGAAAACAGUACAGCUGGGAAACUACCAUAAGAUCAUGGAUGGUUUCCAAAAGCUCGGCUUUCCUCACUGCAUAGGCGCAAUCGAUGGGACUCAUGUGACGGUCUGUCCUCCCCUGGGUAGGAGAGAGGAAUACAUAAAUCGCAAACAAGGAUUCUCUGUUGUCUUGCAAGGGACCACUGAUCACAUGGGACGAUUCAUAGAUGUGGAGAUUGGAAAUUCUGGAUGAUCACAUGAUGGUCAUAUCUUUACCAGUUCUGCGUUAUGUCAAGCGAUGGAUGCAAGCAGAUUCGUUCCAGGAAAUCCCACCCUACAUGUGGAUAAUAUUGACAUUCCACCGUUGAUUAUUGCGGAUGGUGCCUAUCCCAUUAGAAAAUGGUUGAUGACUCCCUAUCGAGGCAUGUUAAACCCUGGCCAAAUUGUCUUCAAUAACACUCUCUGUCAUGCUAGAAAUGUGGUGGAAAGAUCUUUUUCAAGAUUGAAAUCCAGAUGGGGAUGCCUUUCCUCUCGUCUAACUGUCAAGGAAGAAAACUUCAUUCCGGUGAUUUCAGCAUGUGUAAUAUUACACAACAUCUGUGAAACAAAUGGAGAAGUGCUCAAACCAGAUGUUAAGCCUCCACCCAGAAUUAUCCUCCCUCCUUUCCCUGAUGGUAAUGCUGCAGGAGUUCCAAACCACAAACAGCAGGGUCAAGCCGUAAGAUGUGUCUUGUCAAGAAUGAUCCUGGAUCUGUAACAGCAAUUCAAACACCCUUUUUGUCAAUGUAUAAUCCCUAUGGUGUGUUUUACAUCAAAUUAACGAUAACAAUAAUGUAAACAGUUGUAAAGCAACAUUCACCGUAACUUAUGAGAACUUAAAUACCUACAGGAAUAACCCUAAGCUUUUAAAUAAUUACACAAAUUAUUCCUGAUUACAGGAAUUCUUUUUCUCCACCUGUGGAAAGUUGAACCCACUUCCACUCAUAUUUUCGCCUAUCUCUCACAUAGAUCUCCACAAUUUAUUAUGAUUGACAGAUAUGUCUCUGGACAUUGCUGGUGGCAAAACAGCUGCGCCUUACGUCACUGUUUCAGCUGGUGAUGAUUACUACUCGCCUAGUGAGUUUCAAUGGUUAUGGACUGGAAAGAUUGUCUUCUCCAAAACAUUUCUUGCAACAAUAAUUGUCUGGUUUCCAUAAAUAUGGUUUUCUACUAUUUCUAUAUGCAUGCGUAGCAAUCUCGGUGGUUUACAAUUAUUUCAUGCAUUUAUAGUAGUUACCCGAGGUAUGAUCUCGGGAUUUUGGGCUGUUGUAAGGAAAUUUGUUGCGCAUCUGCCACAUCAUUCUUUUGCUGGAAGUGGCAAGUACACUUGCAACCUGUUGUUUGUUUCCCCUUAUUCCUUGUGUUCGUACAUUUAAGUCAUGUGUUGAAAAUCUGGAGUAAAAAAGGAUAACUGAUAUUGUUAUGUAAUCUCUAGCAAGAAAUAACACUUGUUGUCAUGUCCUACUUAAUUUCACUUUAUUCGAAAUGCCUAUUCUAGUGUCAUAGAUGUUGUGCCAUGUAAUAGAUCCCAGAUAGAAACUACAGGGAUAAAAGUUUUCAAUAUUUCCAAUGCAAAUGUUAAUAGUAAUGGCCAAAACACAGCAAUUCAUGCAAUGAUCCAUAUUAGGAUCUCAUUUGCAUGUUGCAC